AAUAAAAAUGACACUUGUCACAUUUGUCAAAAUAAAAAGUGCCGAAAUUUGUUAAACACAAUAAUGCGUGAAACUUUGUCAAGAACGACACAAAGUUAACAAAUUCAGCAAGAUGCAAUCUUCCCCGCAAAAUAAUUCUGAUCUUCCACCCGAACUAUGUGCGAAACCCUUGGCCCUGGUCGGGGUAUCAGGCCUCGACACCCUCAACAACGCAGUCCACAAGUCAAUUUGGGAAACAUUUAGUAAUAAUCGAAGGGCGGACAGAUCUCCCGUGUUAUUUAAAUUAAUAGGCAAUGCGCACGAAUUUCCUGUGAUCAAACCGAAACGUACUUCAUACGACUGGUACAUUCCUAAAGGAAUUUUGAAAAGAAACUGGAUGAACAAACAUCUGUACGAAAUUCCUGCCGUUAUUGUGAUUUUCUACGACUUAGAUUGGAAUGAUAGUUUGUGGAAUGAAAAAAUGAUUGAGUGUGCUUCGCGUGUGCAGUCCCUUCGGGCUGCGCUCGAGGGUCGCAAUACCCGAAUUACAGUGGUCUUAAUCCAAAAUACUUUACCACUACCUCCUGGUGAGGAUGUCUUAGCGUCAGAUCGAGCCAUAAGUUUGUGUGCAAGUUGUGAACUGAACUCCACUUCAUUGUUUGUGUUGCCACAUGGCGACCAUCUGCAAGGGUAUGCCGUUAGGUUGGAGAGCGCUUUUUAUGAAUUUGCGCAGAACUAUUACCACAAUGAAAUCAAAAAUGUUCGGGCGCAUAAAGAACAUUUAAAUAAAAAUUCACAUCAGUAUUUACUUGUGAGACAUCAGUAUAAGAUGGGCUUCCUGUAUGAAUUAAAACAAGACAUACAUACAGCGCAUAAACACUACACUCACGCUUAUAAUAAUUUACUAGAGAUCCGAAUUGUCGAUACAAACGCUCUAGAAAUUAGGACAGUUGCAGGUUUUAUUAAUUACAAAUUAUGCAAAUUGAUGUUUGCUUUAAAUUUACCAAGGGAUGCCAUAUCGCAAUUUAAGGCUCAUAUUGACAGGUUUAAGAGUAGAAUGGGAUUUCAAGAGCUGACUUUUGAACAUUAUGCUUGGUUGUCUAAACAAUUCUCUGUUUUUGGCGACAUCUUUGAUGAGGCUGUUAAAUUGGGAUUGCCAGCUGUACAAACCCAACAUCCAGGAAUUUAUUAUCAGCAAGCCGCUCAGUAUGCUAUUUUAAGGAAGAAGUCAUGUCAGGAGCUAUGUGGUAACGUCAUAGCUUUUCCUCAACCCGACCCUCUAGAGGGCUCAAACUACUUAGAAUUUUACGGUCAGCGGCCUUGGAGACCCGGUAAGCUUUCAGCGGAACCUCCGGACCCCCAGUUGGAGUCCAAUGGAAUCCAAGCUAUCCAGUUUUUAGAAAAGCAACACCCACACUCCAAUACAAUAGUAUCUUUAUACGGUUUAGCAAUUUCUCAGUACAAAACGUACCGGUGUCCACGUACUAGAAGACAUUUGGUGUUGCAAAUGGCUGAAGAGUAUUACAAUUCGCACGAUUUCGGAAAAGCUUUGACUUUGCUAACUCAUAUGCUGGCGGACUUUAGAAGCGAACAGUGGUGGUUGUUGUUGACUGAUAUUUUAGAAAAAGCAAUCAGGUGUGCUUACUUGACAGCCAGCAUCUCAGAUUAUGUGAUACUCAGCUUGGAAGUUAUUGGCAAGAAUAGUCAGCUUAAUCUUGAACACAAGAAAAAAAUUCAUGACAAUAUCCAGCGCAUUUUAAAGAAGCAAAUACCGUUUGGUGACCAAAGACUGACUCCUGAUGUACUUCAAAGUGCUGUUAUACAGUGGCAACCAAAAUUGCAGAUUGAACCUAUUCAUCUUACGCUUGAUUUAGGAAAAAUUACGUCAUGCAUUGAAACCAAAGCGAGGUUUAUGCAAAAUAAAUAUGAAGCUGAUCAGAACGUGACGGUGGAAGUUUACAUAAAAUGUACGAGUCCGCUACCACUAAUUUUUACUAAAGUGGCAGUCACUAUUAACACACCAACCUAUAAUUCUGAAUAUGCAGUUGAUAACGUUAAUCUAAGUUCAGGUUCAUUGGAGUUCAACACUGAUGAAGUAAAGAGAUUUGUAAUAGAGUUCAUGCCAGACUCCAAUGAUGUAAAUAAUGAAAUCCAAAUUGGUGCAAUUACUUUAAUGAUGGGGACUCCAGAAGACUCCAGCCUUGAUCUCAAAUUUAACCCGCUAAAUAUUCUUAAUAGUACCUGCCAAGAACUGUUACACUUUAAAUACUGUCCCGACAAGCUAGAUUUUGACAAUAUUUUGCCUUUAACCGCCACUACAAUAAUCCCCAGACACUCUAAACUGGAAAUCGGGUUGGAAUAUGCAAUUCCAGCACUUCUGGGGGAGUGGUUUGAAAUAAAAAUGUUCAUCAACAACGAAGAGCCACACAGCAUCAAAGACAUGAAAGUAGAGGUGACUCUAGGCAAAGAUGAGACAAUUAGUCUUACCGAAUUUUCCACAAACUCGUCCGGAAUUCCCGACAAACUCCCCAUAGCUUUAAACUUACCGUCUUCUCUACAAAAACAUGAAAAAUGUACGGGUAAUUUCUACUUACGGGCACACAAAGUCGUUGAAAAUAUUAUAGAAGUGAAGAUUUCGUAUACACUGGACAGAGAUAAACCAGUUAUCAGUAUAAAAACUGAAACUAUUAUAGUUCCUGUUGUUAAGCCGUUCGAGAUCACAACCAAGUUUUUGUCGAGUUUAAUGGAAGAAGUGUCUCAGUUUUAUGUAGGGGAGGAGGUUGGAGUUAUGCCUAGCAUUCGGUGUCUAUCACCAUGGCCCAUCGUUAUUGAGAGUACUGCUAUGGAAUUUUCGUCGCCUUUUAAAUCGACCGAAAAUAAUGUGGUUAGUCAUUUAGCUAAUACCAAGUUGGCGAAUAAAGAAGUUGGGGUCGAAUUGUUCCUGGGUGUGUGUGAAAAGACUUCAGAGUCGAAUGUUACAGUUGGACAGUAUAUGGUUAAAUGGAGACGAGAAAAUGGUCUCGGUACAACUAGUCAGCUAACCAUCCUGGGAUACCCUUGUGAGUGGAUACCACUAGAACUAAAGAUGAUAGCUCCUGCCCACGGGCUUGUGCGUACCCCUCUACUGAUAAGCUACCACUUAUACAAUAGAUCCCAACAACUAUUACAACUAGAAAUAGCUAUGGAAGCAAGUGAAGCCUUCAUGUAUGCUGGUUAUAAACAGUUCAACGUAUCGGUUUUGCCUGAAUCAGAGAAGACAAUCCAGUACAACUUAUACCCUCUGAUAGCUGGCAGUGUAGCUCUGCCGAAGCUAAUUUUGACAAUACCAGAAAAUACCGGUGAAGUGCCAGAUUUGAGACAAGACCAGCUCAAGUCCCUUGUUGACAGGUCGUUACCUACUCAUUUAUACGUUAUGCCUCAAGUCAAGGGUUCACCGCCUACGCCAGAUGCAUUCAAACCGAGGAAGUUAGCAAAGAUCAAAUAAAUUUAUACUUUGUUUGUUAUACAGUACAGUAAGUAAUAAUAACGUUCGUUAUCA